AUGGAUCCCUAUACAGGGAACCAUUUGUGCAGUGCGGUGUUCAUCGACAGGGGCACGGUAUUGACCCCUGCAUCGUGUGUGAAUACCACAAAUGGUGAAGUAAGGGAUCCAUUCCCGAUGGUGGUAGCGAAUACUGCCCUUGUAGAUGGCAAAGAUUCAGGCGCAAAGUGGAUGAGAGCCUGUGAGCAAAUUAUUCACCACAAGUACACCGGCAAUGGUAAGGGUCAGAACAUCGCUCUUCUCAGAGUCAACGGAACCGUCCAGCACCCCUUGAGCAUAGGCAACAUUGCGCGGGCUGAGGCGUGGGAGAAAGUGGGAAGCGAGGGAGAACUGGUGUCGGCCGGUUGGUACAGGCCCUGGCGCAUGGGGGGCCCCUCCAAAGUUGGGCAGAGGAUAGCCGGCUGGAAAAUCGUGGCUCCAGAAGAGUGCCGCGACCUGCUUGGACAGGGAUCUGACGAGGACGUGUGUGCGCAGCCCCCAGUGAUCAACCAUUACAAAUAUGACCUGGGGGCCCCCAUGUUCUGGUCCAACGGCUCCGAUCUACAUCAUCCACAGGUUCUGUUGGGCAUGACUUCGUACGAAGGUCCCAACGCAGCCGGGCUUCUGAACCUGACGCUUAAUCGAGAUUGGCUGGCGAGCUCUGGUGUAGGUCAAUCUUUCGUUCAAGUAAAUGAUCACAAGGACUGUCGCAACACCAACGGCAUGGUGGGCCAAACGGACCAACAUGAAGAGCUCUGA